AGCUUGCAACGUGAUCAGUUCCUGGGGAAGUGUCACAAGUCGGGGUGUCAUAACUCGAACCCGCAUUUACGAUAGGCAUCAUGCACUGUCGUAAAUGCGGGCUGAGAACACACGUCAGGGGUUUUCGUCCCUUCUGCACUUAAAAAGACUUUUGUAAGUGCGAGGGGUCACAGCUCAGAAGAUCGCAUCUGCAGGGUUUCCUGUACUUGACUAGUCAAUUAACCGCAAUUUAACAUCCCUAAACGAAAGGUUGGUUUCCUCGUGGCAUUUGCCCAAUAAAUUUAAAACAGAGUUUUUUGAAAGCCCAGUCAGCUCUCUUGUGUUGCUUCCCAAUAGAAGAUGUAAUGGCAAAAGAGAUGAAAUUCCAUCACACACUGGAUUUUGCACUUCCACCAUCUCUUCCACCCUCAUUACACCCUCAAGUUCACAUUCAGCACCACCUGGAGACUUUAAAGCAGAAGCGAAAAGAGGUUCUGAGACUCAGGUCGAAUGGGGAAAAGAAAAGCCAGGAACUGCUGAGAAAGACACACCUGGAGAGGCAGACAAUUGUGUUUCAAUUUCGGCAACUGUGCCAAUUUCUGAAGGAACAAGAGAGAUUCCAGCUGGCCCAGCUAGACGAGACGGAGCAGGACAUUGUCAAGAAGUGGGAUCAAUAUAGCGCCAAACUACAUGAUGAAAUUUCCUCUCUCAGUACGUUGAUCUACGAGCUACAGCAGAAGUGUCGGCAGCCAGCCAGUGAAUUGCUGCAGGACAUCAAAAGCACCUUGAGCAGAUGCGAAAGAAAGACAUUUCAGGAUCCACUGUCACUUUCUCCCGACCUGAAAUGGGGCGGCUGGAAUUUCUCUGAAAAAUCCACGAUUGUACAGGACCUCCAGAAGAAUUGCAAAGAAUCUUUCUCAUCUGAGUGGAAAUUGCACAAAGGUAAAUCUUCAGCAACUGAAAAUUAUGGGCACGUUUUUCCCAAUAUGAAGAGAAAACAAGGUAAUUUAGGAGUCUUGAUUGCCUGGUAGAGAAGGAUCUAAAAUUCACAUGAGACAAACAACUGUGACAAAUACACAGAGUAACAAAAAUGAAAGAGAAGGGAUUGCCUCGGACAUCCAUGGUUAUUUUAACAUGACAGAGUAAUCGCAAACAAGACAUUAGGAAUUAACAACCCUAAGGCUACAUCUAUA